AUGACACGUGCAACACGUAACCAAGCAAUGGAGGAGGAACAGGCCGGCCGCCGCGCGACAAGGAGGACGUCUAAACAAAUCGAUAGGGAGUGUGGUGGCGGCGCUAAAAAAACUAAUGCGUUCGUCGCUCGUGGCAUUGGGAAGAAGAAAGCGGCAGCAAAAAAGGUCGCGCGCGGUCAACAGGAGGCCGGCAAGAAAGCGGAAGACAAGGGCCCUAAACCAACGCCACGCAAGCGUGUUUCUACAGUGAACAAAGAUGCGGAUGUUGCCUUUGCUGGAACCGAGCCCGGUCCGAGUAAAGACGGCACCACUGGCGGCAACGAAGAUCCGAGGCGAGGGAGCGCAAGUCUUGCACUCCCGUCGGCGGAGAUGGAGGGAUCGGCGACGGAGGGAAAUCACGGAGGCGAUCCCCGCGCCGAGCAUGCCGCAACCAAGGAGUCCGAGGCAGCGGCAACGCAACACCAUCUGACGCUACUCCAGCCGACCGUGGUCGAAGUUUCUGCAGCCGUGCUGGAUAAGGACAAGGUGGGGGAGCACGAGUCAGUGGGGCUGGUCGGUGGCUCUCCAUCUUCUGGUGGACGGGGGAGGCGUAGGCAGAGGAAGAGCGAUGGGGAGGACGAUUAUGAAACCGCCGUGCCCGGGGACUUCAUUACGCGGGCGAAGAGGCGGCAGACGACAGGUAGUGCUGACGACGCCGGAGGCGCGGCAGUUGGGACACCGCGAGGCGUCAAGGAAGCUACUGGCAAGGCGGGCGGUCAAGCAUUGCGCCAGAAGGGCCGACCCGUAGCAAGAAAAGCAUCCGGCGGAAGGAGAGGCAAGAAAGCAGCGACGGGAACAAAGCCAAAACGGGGCGAUGAAGACCCCGGUGAUGCGGAGGAGGAGGAGGAUGAGGAGGAGGAUGCGGAGGGAGAGGAGGAUGAAGAUGAAGCGGAGGAGGAUGACGCGGAUGUUGGGGAGGAUGAAAAAGAUAAGAAUGAUGGCGAGGAGGACGAGGAGGAGGAGGAGGAGGAGGAGGAGGAGGAGGAGGAGGAGGAGGAUGAUGAGGAGGAGGAGGUGGAGGAGGAGGAGGAGGAGGAGGAGGAGGAGGAGGCAGAGGAGGAGGAGGAGGAGGAGGAGGAGGAGGAGGCAGAGGAGGAGGAGGAGGAGGAGGAGGAGAGGGUGACGACGAGGAGGAAGUGGAGGAGGAGGAGGAGGAGGAGGAGGAGGAGGAGGAGGAGGAGGAGGAGGAGGAGGAGGAGGCAGCGGAGGAGGAGGAGGAGGAGGAGGAGGAGGAGGAGGAGGAGGAGGAGGAGGAUGUGGCGCCAGGCGGUCUCCCCUCUCGCCAAUCCUUCGCGCGGGCAUCAGGCAGGCAGUUAUGCCAAUCCCUUCCCUGAGCUCCCCUUUUCCCGCCAGCGUGAUAGUGUGAGGGCACACGGGACUGCUGCAGAAGACGUUGAUCCCCUUGGCCAGAGGGGGGAUUCUUCACACCCUUUUCCUCCGCUCAUGGGUGCCCUAGCUCGGCCUGCGUCGUGGAGUACCUGCCAGCUAGGCCGGCGGGUCGGCAGCCCUGCCUAUGGCUGGUACCCCGCCGCCGAUGAGCGCCGUGGACAAGGCACGAGUGCUAGUGUUGCAGGAGACAAACCCAUUCUCGGUAUGUGGCGGGCCACAUGGGGAGGGUUGGGGUUGACGUGGCAACAAGGGCGGGGUUGGGGCUGA